AUGCCGUCAUUAUUCAAGGCGAGGAAGAUUUCCAAGUCUACGUCCCUAGCAACUAAAAGAAAGACAAUAGAUCAAGAUGACGAUGAUGGACAUAAAUCAGACUCAGCAUCAUCUGUUGCUGCAGAACAGAAGUCAGACUCACUGCUGGAUCCUCAAGACGGAUCUGAUGAAUCAGAACAGUCUCAGACAAACGAGCCAACGAAAAUAGUAUCGGGACAGAGCAGGAAAAGAGCCAAGAUUGGAUUCACCUCGUCUUCUACUAGCACCAAUAGUGAUAAGACAGAUAUCGGUCAAGUCAAACAUGAUCAUAGCCACGAUGCGAAUGCUUCUAAUUCUGCUGCUGAUGAGGCCACCAAACAGAGUGCACUCUAUUCAGACGAAUCAGCAGCUGAUAAUGGCACCACUAGUAACGGUAGAUUAUCUGAAGAACUAGGGCCUGAUCAUACCGGGUCGGCUAUUGACGGUGUGUACCAUGGUAAAGUGAACUACUCGUCUUAUCUCACCAAACGAGAAGGUGUCUCAUCCAAGGCACGAUUCGGACCCAUGAAAGCAGCAGGUAAUAUCAGAAGUACUACCAUGAUAGAUUACCAGCCAGACGUUUGUAAGGACUACAAGCAGACAGGAUUCUGCGGGUACGGAGAUACCUGUAAAUUUUUACACAGUCGAGAGGACUAUAAAGCUGGAUGGAAACUGGAUAAAGAGUGGGAGGAAGUACAAAAUGAGACCAAAACCAAAAUCAAAUCUAGCUCUACUGUCUCGUCGUCAGGCUCUGAGACCACUCGGUCGACCUCGUCGGCAGCCGAGAUCCCGUUCAAGUGUGUUAUAUGCAAAAACGACUAUAAGGACCCUGUCGUUACUCAGUGUGAGCAUUACUUCUGUGAACCCUGCUUUCUGAAGGAAUCGCGCAAAAAGGGAGCCUGUUUCAUCUGCGGCAAGAACACUGGCGGUGUGGCCAAACCAGCCAAAAACCUCAAGCAACUGCUCGCUCGUCGCACCUGA